AUGGCCGUCACUGCUCAACCAAACCUUGCUCAUUAUCCCCAAUCAGGUAACCUCUGCCAACAAAAUACAGCCAGUUCACCCAGUCCUCGAACGGCUCAUAACGACUCUCCUAAACUUGCAACCGGAAAUCCGAAUCUCGUCAUUGAUACUGAGACAGGAAGCGCCGAGAGCCUUGCCAUAAGCUCUUCUGGCAUUGGGUCAGAACCAAACAGUGACGCGGCCCUUAAUGUCAACAGCAUCAUGCAUCUUCAGGGCCAGUUUGAGUGUGUAAAUCCAACCCUUGAGAGUCCCUAUACCGCGGAGGAUUUUGACCAGGAAUUACGGACUGCUAUGAACGAAUUUCCUAUCGCUCCUGACGACAAUGGCUAUUUUACUCUAUUUAAUCCCGAGCUUCGCAACCCUGUAUAUAUCUACAACCCUUAUCGUGUCCAAAGCGACUUCGACCCUUACGACAUUGGGCAGUACAUUGACAUGUGA